AUGGCAGUAGGCCACAAUAGGCCAAUUUGUCACGCGCCGACAACACCAACGACGACUCCGGCUUUCCGAGGCCCUGCGCGUUAUGGAACUAUGAUUGAGACGGAGCCGGAGCUGCGGAGGGAGCAACUUCGAAACGCGAUGGCGGUGGAAGGUGCCAACGUGGUCAUUUGGCUGCUGGCCUCCCUCCUGAUCUACCUGGUAGUCACCAAGCAAGCCCUCACGUCGUGGCUUCUAUUGCCGCCGCUCCGGGAGGCUUGCAAGGGGGCGUCAAACGUCAUUAACUACGCAGUGGAGUUGAUGUGGGUGUGGAGGGACCGCUGA